UAUUUAAAUAUUAAAAUAAAUAAAUAUUUAUUAUUUUAAUUUUUGAAUUUGGCCACCAUUAAUCGUAACUUUGUGGCAACCUAUCUGUGUUAUCGACCGACUUUUAUCUUCCCACAAAUUAACACACAAUUAGCCCAACAAAUAUAUGGUCUACGCGAGAUAAGAAAACGUCUAGCAAUUUUGUUCGCCAAUUGAAUUAUUCGAAAUAGUAUCACAAACAAAGCGGCAGUGUUUGGUUGUGCUACGAAAAGUUAUGCCGACGUCUCAAAUAUUAAAUCCUACAAAUGUAUAUCACUGCAUUGUUUAUGGUGAUUUUAUGGGCUCAAUUACUGUUAACAACGAAUGCUGCACGUAUUUUGUCGAUUUUAGCAUUCCCCGGAAAAAGUCAAUAUGAAUUCAUGCAACCAUUGUUGCGGGAAUUGGCCAGCAGGGGCCAUCACAUAACAUCGGUAAAUAAUUUUCCUCAAAAGGAACCCAUGGAUAAUUUUCGAGAUGUUGUUGUUGAAGAAAAUUUACAUUUAUUUGAUGAUUUUAAAAAUUUUACCACGGCCGACAUAAACAGCAACUACUUCAAUACCAUGGAAGUUUUCUAUGGCAAAUCCUACGAAAUGGCAUUCAAUAUAUUCAACGAUGAAAAAUUUAAAAACCUACUGACACUGGAAACAUUUGAUUUGAUUAUUUUGGAUGUAGCAUUUACCGAGGCAUUCUAUGGUCUUGGGGAGCAUUUCGGAGCACCAAUGGUAGCCAUAUCCUAUUGGAGUACAAUGACAUCCAUCGAGGAAUUAGUUGGAAACACCACACCUCUCUCGUAUAUACCAAAUAUGAUUAUGCUGAGGAAAUAUAAUCAGAACAUGAAUUUUUGGACAAGAUGGGUAAAUGUUAUCGUUUUUAUUUCGGAAUGGAUAUUCUACUAUUUACGUUACAUUCCAAUACAUAGUCGACUAUAUAAUGAACAAUUUCCCAAUGCCACAAUGUCAUUGAUUGAGGCCCAAAGGAAUUUUUCAUUGGUUUUGUUAAAUGACCACUAUACCAUUACAACCCCUCGGCCGUACGUUCCAAACAUGAUUGAAGUUGCUGGGUUGCAUAUACCCACACAAUCGGAACCCAUUGCUGGGAAUAUAAAACAACUGCUAGACAAUAACCCCCAAGGUGUAAUAUAUGUGGAAUUAAGAUCUGUACUACCGGAACACAUAGUCCAGUUGCUGUUGAAUCGCAUGGGAAAAUGUCAACAAUUGGUUUUGUGGAACAGCAAGUUUCAACCUUGGGAUACUCUGCGUAUUCCACGCAAUGUCCACUUCUUGAAAGAUCUUUCACACCACUCGGUGCUAUCUCAUCCCAAUAUCUAUUUAUUCAUAUCACAUGGGGAUUAUCUCAAUAUUAUCAACAGCAUUUACUAUGGCAUACCCAUUUUGGGUAUCCCUCGAUACGAUGGCCAAAAUGAUGACUAUGUGGAUAAUAUCAAGAAAAUUGGCAAUGGUCUUUCACUGUCAUUGAGACAAUUUAAUGACAAAUCAUUGGGUCAAGCUUUAAACGAUUUGCUGUCUACAAAUCAGUAUCGCAACGAAGCUAAACUCAAGUCGCAAAUAUUUCGGAAUCAGCAGAAUACACCAAUGGAGAAAGCUGUAUAUUGGAUCGAACAUGUCAUUCGCUACAAAGGAGCAAAACAUCUUCGAAAUCUGGGUCAAAAUUUAAAUAUCUGGGAAUUUUAUAAUCUGGAUGUUUAUGCCAGUAUGCUGUGCAUUAUUUUGGCUUUUAUAUUUUUUUCAUAUUUGUUAUUAAAUGUAACUCUGAAAUUUAUCUUUAGUAUUAAACAAUAAAGGAAAAAUAAUGGAAUUAUUUCUUGGUUUCAUUUUGUCAUAACGAA